AUGGCCAUGUCGAAAAUAUUGCUUACUGUCGCUGCGCUCGAGGCCCAAUCUCUUAACGUCGCCGUCCUCCAUGCUUAUAGACAUCUCUACCGGACCGGCCUACAAGCCGUACGCUAUUCGAGCCCUGCACGUCACGUCCUCCUCUGGACUCUUCGGAAAUCUUUUCGAAAUGGCACGCCGAAUGAGUUCGAUCCACGGAGAGUUGUUAACACCCUUGAGUUUCUUCGACUUGCGUCUAGCUCCACGAGCACUGAACACAAAAUCGUUAAAAAUCUGCUGCACGUCAGAUUCUGGCAGCAGCCACAUAAGCUUGCGGAGGGAGACCCCAAGUUUCACACUAGUUUUGGCACCCAAACCGGAGCACGUGCCCAAAUGAGGGCUAUCGCAUACAGGCCAUUUGAGAUGACCUUGAAGAUGCUUAAUGAAAGCCUUGGUCUAUGUCUUAAAUGA